AUGGCGCCCCUUAUCCUCCACAAUGUUCCUGACGAGGAGCUUUACAUCGGCGAUGACGGUAUCAAACGCCCUUACGCCAUGGUUUUUCCGCAACAAGAAGGCCUUCCUGGGGCCCGUAACCGCCGCGGUGUAGCAGAGACAGGUUCCUUUGGCAAAUCCACACGCCGCUCGCGGUCACGAACAGGAACCCCAGCUGGCCGUCGCGAAAAUCCAACAGUAGUAGCCGCCGACAAGAUCUUUGGCGACUGGAUCUCCUCCCAAGCUAUAACAUCCAACUCCAACCUCGCUCCCUCGUCGGCAACAGGAAGCGGCGCAACGAAUGCCUCCGCCUCCGGUGCCAACGCCGCACCUCAGCGCAAGACCUCUGGCCUCUCGCAGCCGCCCCUCCUCGCGGCCGACGACGCGCCCGCUGCUGCCGCCGAACCCCGCGUCAGCCGCCACGUUCCCACCGAAGUCGUCCUCCGCGGCUACCGCUCCCCGUCGCAACAGUACGCCGCAAUCUCCCACUACGAGCUGCUCGCCGGCCUCAUCUGCGAAGACUACCCCCGCGAACCGCCCCUCGAGCAGCGCCGCUACAAGUCGGAGCUCCGCGACCCGGCCUUCACCCGUCGAAGGGCUCUCACACCCGAAGAGCGCGCAAAGGUCAACCGCGCCGAGGGCGGCCAGCACUGGAUCAAGGUCACCUUCGAAUCCGCCGACGCCGCCGAUGCCGCCGUCUAUGCUAGCCCCCAGCGCGUACAGGGCUACCUCGUCUACGCGGAACCCUACCACGGCCACCCGCCCGCCCGCGACGAACCCAUCCCGGACGUCGACUCCCUCGUCCCCAGCCACGAUGACCUAGGUCGCUCACAGUCCGUUCCUGGAGGCAGCUUCGGCACCCACCGGACGCCGCGCAGCAAACACCGCACCGCAUCGUCCAACAAGCCCAGCGGGGGCAACCCCUUUGCCCUCCCCAACGCCCACUCCACGAGCGACCUCUCCCCGCCCACGUCCCUCACCUCCUCCAACACAAUCGAGACGGCCACAAUCUCCAACGCGACAAACUCGUCCGCAACAGUGACCGCCGACCCCUUCUCACAGCAAGGGUUCUCAUCAGCGCUGACCACCGCCCCAACCACCGAAGACAGCCUCUUCUGCCGACGUAUCCCCACCGCGCGCAAGGCUAGACUCCUCCCCGCCGAGCAGGCCCUGCUACCGCAGCAGAGCUACACCCAGAGGCUCGUCAACAUGGUGCCCUUUUUGAAAUGGUUCAGCGGCUCCAUGAUUGGCAACGAGGUGCCGCGCACCGAUAACGGUGACUUUGACUGGAACCGCGCCAGCCUAUACUGGAAGGUCAUUUGCUGGCUCGAUGCGACGUUUGGGCUCUUUGGCGGCGAGAUUAUGAGUGCCGACAAGGACGAUUAG